AUGGCUGCCCAUAUCAAAGAUUAUAUUCAAGAGGGAAAGCUUUUUGAUAUUUUUGAACUCAAAGAUUUAAAGGAAAUCCUAAAAUUAGCGAAUUUAACAUCAGAAGAUUUUAUUACUCUUCUUAAACAAUCCGAAUCUACUCUUGAUGGAAAUAAGUUAUAUAAAUGCGCUCGAAGCACUAAUGUUUCAAUUCGCAAUUACCAAGAAGUUAUUUCAACACUUAAAUCUGUUCGAAAAUACAUGAAUUUUACGAUGUUAGAUGGAAUUAUUGGUUUUUUAGAUGAAACUGAUAAAAUUAUUUCAGAAUCUACAGUAAAAAUCCAAAAACUUCAAGCAGAGUUAAAUUCCAUUCAAAAAGCAAAACAAAAAAGUGACAACAAAAUACAAUUACCUAAAUCCGAACUCAAAGAAAAAGAAAGUAUAAUAUCUCAAAUUAAUGAAGAAAAUUCCACCGAUGCGUAUAUACUUAAUGAAUUCAAGUAUCCAAAUCAAGCUUCAAAAAUUAUUUGGAAUAUCAAUACCAACAAUAUCACAGAAUCCACAAAACAGAUAAUUAAACUCAUUAAAACACAAAAAGUUCCUGUCAAAAUGGCACUUUAUUUAAUCGAUACUUUUUCAACACUUCGCGUCAAGAAUAUUGCUCAAUAUGCAAAAUUUUAUCAAGAUAUUUCAAAAGAGUUUUCUUUAACCAUCAAACCAGAAAAUAGAGAUUUAGCAACAUUAUUAUCCUAUAAAGGCUUAAAUUUUAAAGAUUUCAAACCUCACAAAAAAGAAGAAGACAUUCUAAAUAUCUAUAAAAAAGAUAGCCUUUUAUAUUUUAUCGCUUGGGAUAAAAUCGAUGAUCUUAAAAGCAAAUUCCCAAACUUGGAUGCUAAUAAGAUAUGCGAUGAUUUAACACCUCUUGAGUGUGCAUGCAAAUUUGGAUCAGAGUUAUGUUUCAAAUACUUGAAAGAUAAAGGUGCAAAAUAUACUGAAAAUACUGCAAAAUUUGCUUCUAAAGAUGGAAAUAAAAUAAUUUUCUCACAAAUGCUAAAUGACGGUCAAUCAUUUAAAGGCUUAAUUGACAUUGCAUUGAUUCACCGAAAUUACGAACUUGUUAAUUAUCUUUCAACAAGUUUUGAUCAAUACCCUUCUUCAGAAAUAUCAAAAUUUUUGUAUUAUGGGAAUUUUGAUAUUGCAUCAUAUCUAAUUCAAAAUGGAAAUAGUGUGAACAAUAAAUUUAUUCUCUUUCUUUUAAUAUCAAUCAUCGUUUUAUACGAUUCUCUUUCUUUUAAUAUCAAUCAUCGUUUUAUGACAUUCUCUUUCUUUUAA